GGGACCGCGGCGGCAGCAGCCAAGGCGAAAGAGGAAACUGCCGAAGAGGAAGCUCUGCGGCAGCCCGAGCCUCCGUGCGCUCCGCAUCCUCCGGCUCUGCAUCCCCGCGCCCGGCAUCCCCCUGCGCCCGCGCCGGAUCCCCGGCGCCCCCUCCCCAGCGUACCCCCGGCUGCCCCACAGCGCUAGUCUGCCAUGGCCCGGGAGAACGGCGAGAGCAGCUCCUCCUGGAAAAAGCAAGCGGAAGACAUAAAGAAGAUCUUCGAGUUCAAGGAGACCCUCGGAACCGGGGCCUUUUCUGAAGUGGUUUUGGCUGAAGAAAAAGCAACUGGGAAACUCUUCGCAGUGAAGUGCAUUCCAAAGAAGGCGCUGAAGGGCAAAGAGAGCAGCAUCGAGAAUGAGAUUGCUGUUCUUAGAAAGAUUAAACAUGAAAACAUUGUUGCCCUGGAAGAUAUUUAUGAAAGUCCGAAUCACCUGUACUUGGUCAUGCAACUCGUGUCCGGUGGAGAACUCUUUGAUCGGAUAGUGGAGAAGGGAUUUUACACAGAAAAAGAUGCCAGCACUCUCAUCCGCCAGGUUCUGGAUGCUGUGUACUAUCUCCACAGAAUGGGCAUUGUUCACAGGGACCUCAAGCCUGAAAACCUCUUGUACUACAGUCAAGACGAGGAGUCCAAAAUAAUGAUCAGUGACUUUGGUUUGUCAAAAAUGGAGGGCAAAGGAGAUGUGAUGUCCACAGCAUGUGGGACCCCAGGCUAUGUCGCUCCUGAAGUGCUUGCCCAGAAACCAUACAGCAAAGCUGUUGACUGCUGGUCCAUUGGGGUGAUCGCCUAUAUCUUGCUCUGUGGUUACCCUCCUUUUUACGACGAAAAUGACUCGAAGCUCUUUGAACAGAUCCUCAAGGCAGAAUAUGAGUUUGAUUCCCCCUACUGGGAUGACAUCUCCGACUCUGCCAAAGACUUCAUUCGGAAUCUGAUGGAGAAGGACCCAAAUAAAAGAUACACUUGUGAGCAGGCAGCUCGGCACCCAUGGAUUGCUGGUGACACCGCCCUCAGCAAAAACAUUCAUGAAUCUGUCAGCGCUCAGAUCCGGAAGAAUUUUGCAAAAAGCAAAUGGAGACAAGCGUUUAACGCCACGGCUGUCGUGAGGCACAUGCGAAGGCUACAGCUCGGCAGCAGCCUGGACAGUUCAAAUGCAAGUGUCUCAAGCAACCUCAGUUUGGCCAGCCAAAAAGAUUGUGCGUCUGGCACCUUCCACGCUCUGUAGUUUCCUUUCUUCUUCGUCGGGGGUCACAGGAGUCGGAGCUGAGAGGAGACCCAGGCCCACCACUGUGACAACAGGGCACACUGGAAGCAAGUGACCCGGCUCUGGAGGUGGGACCCAGGGGGCGGAGCCGGGGAAGGGGAAGCCCCAGACCGGAGCAGCUCCAGCAUUGGAGACCCCACCCACCCUGCAUGGUGCGCCUGCAUAGGACUGGAAGGCAGAAGUUUUUUAUGGCCAUAUUUUAUACUGCAAUUCUGAUGUGUCCAUUUCUCACAAACUGUACUGACUCAAGGGGAGCUGACUUCACAGGAUCUGGUGCUGUAUAUACGAAUCUUGCAAAGCUCUAACUGAAUGGACCUUCUUGCUCCCCUCCCCCAACUCCACCACUUCCGCUCUCUCAGUGUAGGCAGCCAUCUAGGAUGUAUUUUUUUCAUGAAAAAAAAGGUUUCAACUGGAUUAUUUAAAUAUUGGUAAAUGUUGUACAUUAGGAUUUUUUUUGAGGGGGGUAUAGUGCUGGGGAUUGAACCCAGGGCCUUGUGCAUGACAGGCAGGCUCUCUACCACUGCACUGGAUCCCUAACUGCAUUAGGAUUAUUUUUUUCUUUUUGAGACAUGUCUUUUUGAUCUUUGUCAGUUACGUGACCUCUCUCAUUCGCUCUUUAAUAGUGGUUUUAUGUUACCUUUAAGAGAUUUUCUUUUUUGCCUCCAAGAGGAGUUAAAAGGUAUUUUUUAAAAUUCUAAGAUGAUUGAGAAUCUGUCUCCAAGGCUGAGUGCACUUUACUUGUGUUUCCUUGCCCUGUGUCUCCUCCUCAGGAGGUCACCCAGCACCUGGGCUGGGCUGGCUUCUCUCCAGGUAGCUUUUGCCAGGGAAACACUGCAGAAAACCUUAAGAGCAGCUUCCCCUGAGAACCCCUCAGCAACCACAGAAGAAAUAAGCUUGUUUCCUCUGCCCUAAACUCUAGGCUCCAUAUUCCAGGUGAACUGCCCUCCAGGAACAGGAUCCCCACCCGGCCAAGGUGUAGGAGCCUCCCUUACAGGUGGGACUAACCGACAUCUUAUUUUUAAAAUGAACCACACAAAACCCUUAUUUCUCAUGGGGGAUAAUGGAUGAAACUCUGUUCUUAGCUAUGCACUUUUAAAAUGAAUUUCUAUUUGUUUUAAUUUUUAAAAUUCAUUUCUAAUCCUGCCCUUCAAAUGGCCUAUAGCACACACUUUUCCCCUCCACAUUUUUACCCUAUUCUCUCAUGAACAUUAUCCAAGAGAGGGGACAGAAAAGGCCUUGAAGAAGAAACCUUUUUGUUCGGUGGUAAGGAAAGACACCAAGUGAGCAGAAUACUGUCCACCUCAGAGCAAGGUCCAGCUGGUGCAAAAGCCUUCCCUUACACCAGACAAGUCUAAAAUAAAACGUAACGGGGGUGGUCAGGCCAUUGUGUGCCCUGGUUUGCCAGGGACUGAAGGAUUUCCUAGGAUAUGGAACUCGAAGGCUAAAAUUAGGAUUGUCCUAGAAAACCAGGACCUGCAUAGUGGCUAGAUAUACAAGAAGAGCUGGCAUGGAGUGUAGUCCAGGGCAAACAUUCUCCCAGGAGGUUCUCAGAAAUGCAGGCAGCUGGCUCAAAUGCCAGUUUUGCCAGUGUUCCCCUUCCGUUCUCAUGUCUGUCUAAACCCUGAGCCUCAACUACAGUCAGUGGUAGCCUAGCAAUAUGGGCUGUGAUAGGUGUCCCUGAUGGCCCAGGGACAGGCCUGAGGUUGUUGUCCUCAUACCUCUCUCAUGUGCUUGUCAGCUAUAGAAAGUCCUGAUGGACAAGUAAGUCAUGCUUGUCACUCCUACACGUUUGCCCCUAGUCCUCCUUAGUACAUAUGCCAUGCAAGUGUAUGCACAUACACACACACAAACAUACAAACAUACACACAUACAAAAUACACACACACAUACAAACAUGCACACACGCACACGCACACACACACACACACACACACACACACACACAGUAUCACUAGGGAAGAAGCUCCAGUCCCCCAAAGAUAUAUAAGAGCAGUUUCAGUCAGACAUCUGGUCUACCUGUUCCCACUUGUCUCAUAAGCUCCCAAAUGCUUAGUGAGAAAUCCUGCCACACAAACCCAAAGAGUAGCAGUUGAAGCUGUCAUCUCAAAGUCUAUAUACCUUCUGGGAAGAGUUUCUAAAAUGACAACAGACCCAGUUGGAAAGCAAAUGCCACUGAGUCUGGAGACUUACCCACCUCCUCCAUCCUUCAGAAAGCUAAUGAUAUGAAUAUUACAAAUAGUAUUUAAGAAAACCUAGAAGUGACUCAAAAGAAGUUUAUAGGAUGUUUCCUGCCAACAAGUAUCAUGGAAAUAUUCAAUUUUAUGUAAUAUAAGAAAAAUACAGCUGUGCUUGGUGGGCUAUAAUUAUAACACUUGGGAAGCUAAGGUAGCAGGAUCUCAGUUUCUAUGCAUCCUAAGCUAAUUAGUAAAUCCUUAUCUCAAAAGGGAAGAAGGAAGGAAGGGAUGGAGGAAGGAUGGAAGUAGUUUAGUUAAUUGCUGAAGUAGGGGAUUUUACCCGAUUUGACAACUUUCAUGUGUUAGACCUUUAUGCUGUAUGGUACACGUAACUAUUUAUGUCUACAAAGUAACAUUAUUAGUGGUGAAAGUAUUUCAUAGAGCUGAUAUAUGGGUACAUGGACUACAUAUAGAUAAAUAUGAACUACAAAUAAAUACAAAGCAGUUGAAGAGUAAGUCCUGGUGCAGGUGUCUACCUUGCAAUCAGCUAUGCUUGGUUCAACCUUGACACAUCAGGUCUCCAUGAAUUGGUGGUAAGAAGAUGAUCGAUAUCGCCAGCUCAGUAGUAGAUAAGGUUGAGCUUGUCUUCAAGAAGCACCUACAGCAUGUCACUAACUUGGGUUAUUUCCUACUGUCUUAAGAAAGGUGAAAAUAAGUACCACCCGAGCCUUCUAUUUGAGCAAGUCAGCAUGGGAGAAAGACGAAGUUUCACUUCCAGUUGGUAUUGUUAAAUAAUAAUAUAUGAGACCACAGAAUGGACGUAGUCUUAAGACCUGGAAAAUGGGAUGGUAACGUCUUGACUCAAUCACUCGUGUUAGAUUCCACUGACAAUAGGCUGAGAAUUUCAUGUAUGACCAGGAUGCUUAGCAGCUGUAGUGCUUAGCUGAACACACAGGCCCCUCUCAGACUGCUUUCCUAAUAUCAGGCUCUUGACGCCACCCCCACUAGAGCCUUUUCACAUUUUCUGAGCAAGUGGAUAUUUAUUUCUUCACUUGGUUAUGAAAUUUUGAAAUAUUUCCAGAAUAUUUCCCUCUGCUUCCUGCCUGUCCCUCCCUCAACCCCUGACCUUCACCCAUACUUGAGGCAGAAAGGGCAGCUAACAUUCAUCGAAAACCAGCAAUGAGUGAGAGGGGAGCCCUCUUUGGUUCCAACAAGGCCAAUAGCUUGUCAUUCCUAAUCAAGGGAUCUGUAGAGUUUGGAGCUUCAGGUGUAGGGGUUAGGAAGAGACAGAGGCAGUUGGAGGCUGGAGGGACAGGACCACAAACCCUUGAGGCAAUGGGGGCUGCCCAGUCAUGACUGAGGCAGCAACCCGAGUGUCACAGGCUUUGUAACAAGCCCUGGCUGCUUUUUACCCCUUUCUACGGCCUCUAACUCCGAGGGGACUCUGACUCCAGAAGAUCAACUGCCGUUCCCAUCUCUGUGUGAAAGAAAAGGACUCUGGAGAAGGCAUUGAAAUGGGUCAAAAUGUCUGGAUUCCUGCCCUUGACCUUGAUGCUGGGUCUCUCCUAAAAUGCUACCUUGAGUCUCCAGCCAUACCACUUCAACUGUGCCCGAUGUCAUCUAAGAAGCCUCCUUAAGAAGACAGCCACCUCCAUUUGUACGACAAGUUGUGGUUUUGAGAAACUCGCAAUCUUCAGAAAUCUCUGAGUGUGGUAUUUGGGGAACAUAGCAGUUGGCCUAGUGAAUCCCAGACUCUGUUUACCUAUUUAUGCCCCCCCCCGUGCCCCGCAUGGGCUAGAGAGUUUGUAGAUGGCAAGAUGCCUUUGCACCACAGGCCAAGAACACUGUGGACACUGAAGAAGGAACCAGUUGGUCCCCUCUUGAGAGAACUGACCUCCCAUGGGAAGCAAAACUUGGCAUAGUCUGCUUUAUGAGCUUGUUUAAACAGUAGGAGAAGCCCACCCAGUAGGAAUGACUGGGGAUUUUAGAGCUCUGGGUAUCAUGACCCUUUGACCUGCUCAGAAUUAUGGCCAGAACUGACUUUUCACACUGGGGAAACCAUACUGGUGCCAUUAUUCCAGGCUGCCGGCAGGAAACCUGGGGCCAGCAGUGCCUCUGCCUUCCAAGAUUUGCACAAGUGUUAUGAUGGGUUUUCCUAGGCCAUGAGGAAGGAAGGCGAGAGCCAGGGAAGGACAGCUCCUUCCUUUUUUCACAACCAAAUGACAGGUUUUCCAGGUUGGCACACACUCCCAGCAAGUGAGAUACGGGCCCCGCUUGCAUGUCCUACAGACCAGCGCUAGGUUCCCAUCCCUUCUCCUCACAUUCCGACAGUUUGCCUUUUCCUUAAACACAUUCCAGACCAAACACUGUUCAGUUUGUUUCCAAAAUUAAAAACCAAUGUAUAUAUGUGUAUGUAGUCCACUGCUCUUUAAGGGGUUAUCUGGUCCUGGGUUGGGGCUGCAAGCAGAAAAGGUAUUCCAAUCCUUUGAUUUCCAGAAUUGAGAGUUUUGAGAGGUUUUUUUAGUUUGUUUGUUUUCUAAGCCAAGUUGGGGAAGAGAAAUUUUGAAAGGCAAACUUAUUUCCUGCUACCUCUACAGAAAUUUGUGUGCAGGUGAGUUAGCUUGAAAACUUCCACCCUGGGUAGCAAGCAGGUCUAAGGAAGAAAGGAAGAGGAAAGGCCACACCCCAUCCGCCAGGUCCCUUCUUGGUGGUCUCAGUGCAUCAAGGUCUGCCUCCUGCUCCAGUGUGUGCACAGGAGCCCAGCCCCGCUGUGAAGUUGGCCCUGCAUGCUGGCCACGGCCGGGCCUGCCUUCUGCCAGCAGCCAAAGUCUUCACAAUCAGCAGGGAAGAUUUAGCCCUGUGUCGACUUCCCUGUUAGCCCAGUGGGAGCAGCUCAGCUUGUGGCUUUAGGGGCUCCACUUUUGCAAACCCAAAGGCUGUGCAUUUGGAAGCCAAACAUUCAGUUCAGCAUGUGGCUCCCGAGUCUGGUUUCAUGGACAAACUGUGGAAUGGCUUCUCUGUGUCUGUUUUUCUCUAAGCCAAAGGGACAAACAAUUGCAUUGACCCCUUGUACUAAAGCCGCUUCUGCAUUCUCCAUACCUGUUUUUAACCUUCUGUCUCUGGGGAAUUUGUUGUAUAAUUAUCAUGUCCUCUGAUGAUUUAUCAAACUAUAUUACUUACAGGUGAUUUUAUUUUUCUUAUGGAUGGGAAAAAUAGAAAACAAGAGACAUGUUCGAGACUUUAGUCAAAGACAUUACUCAAAAGUCCCAAAUACUAGUUAACUUGCUUCUCAAUGGGAAAAAUCUUCAUUUGAGCAGACAAGGGUUCUGAGGCCCUCCUGGAUAACCCUGCACUUUGGAAGACAAAGCCCAGGGGGCAGAGCUGGAAGUUGGGUUACAAAAGAGAUAAAGGAGGGACUAGAACAUCAGCUCAGAUGUUUGUCCCACACCACAGAAGCUGUGAUUCUCCCUGCAAGGCACUUGACCAUUUCUGGGCAACAUAAGACACUGUUCAGUAUUACAUCAGCAUCUUGCGUUUGAAAGACUGCAUGUUUCAGAGAGCAUUUAUCUUAGUCCCACAUUCAGAUGAGAAGAUACCAAAGGUGCAUUCUUUCCAGAACAUCCAUUGGAACAAUGUCUAAAUUGGCUUCUGUGACUAUUGAUGAUGUGAUUGGCCUUCAUCCAGCUCUCUCCCAACAGUGGGCAUGUUUUCCCAACAGCUUCCACCAUCAAACCCAGGGUCAACCCAACUCACUAUUACCAGGCUUGCAAUCGGUUUGAUUUUUUCAUACAUGCUUGUCCAAAAAAAUUUUUUGAAGAAAAAGCAAAAGAAGGGAAACUGCAUUUAUCCCAUGCAUGUAAUAAACUCUGCAAGAAGUUAACCCCCAUAGGUUUGCGGCACUGCAAAAUUGUUCAUGGGUCUAUGUAGCAAAUGAUUCUCUGCCUUGACAAUCAUGUAUACAUAUCGAUUUCUAUCAUAAUGAUACUGAG